AUGCCGGCUUGGUGGGAUUCAGCUGCCCUCUCCUGCCACCGAGAUGGCCUGGCUGCUUCCAGUGUUAGCACAGUCACAAAGCGAGAGGAGCCCUUAUUUCAUAUACAUCUACAUAUUGGAACAGGCAAGUUCAGAGCUACCAAGGCAGCAACAAAAGUGGUCUUAAAUGUUCCUGAGACUAAGGUGUCUCCUCUGGAAAAUGGCUUGCAAGUAGCUUCAGAAGAUUCCGGGCUCUCGACAUGCACAGUUGGACUUUGGAUUGAUGCUGGAAGCAGGUAUGAAAAUGAGAAGAACAAUGGAACUGCUCACUUCCUGGAGCAUAUGGCUUUCAAGGGGACAAAAAAGAGGUCUCAGUUAGACCUUGAACUAGAGAUUGAGAACAUGGGAGCUCACCUGAAUGCCUAUACAUCCCGGGAACAAACAGUGUAUUAUGCAAAGGCUUUUUCCAAAGACUUACCAAGAGCUGUGGAAAUUCUUGCUGAUAUAAUUCAGAACAGCACCCUGGGAGAAGCAGAGAUUGAGCGUGAGCGAGGAGUCAUACUGAGAGAGAUGCAGGAGGUGGAAACCAAUUUGCAAGAAGUGGUUUUCGAUUACCUGCAUGCUACGGCCUACCAGAACACGGCCCUGGGACGAACCAUUCUAGGACCCACUGAGAACAUCAAAUCCAUAAACCGCAAUGACUUGGUGGAGUAUAUAACAACACAUUAUAAAGGACCCAGAAUGGUGCUGGCUGCUGCUGGAGGGGUCUCUCAUGACGAGCUGCUCGACCUGGCGAAGUCCCACUUUGGCAGCUUGCCGAGCGCGCCGGAGGGAGGGCUGCCGGCCCUGCCGCCCUGCAGCUUCACGGGCAGCGAGGUCCGUAUCAGGGAUGACAAGAUGCCCCUGGCGCACAUCGCGGUGUCCGUCGAAGCAGCGGGCUGGUGUCAUCCAGAUACCAUCCCGCUCAUGGUGGCCAAUACCCUGAUAGGGAACUGGGACCGUUCCCUUGGAAGCGGCGUGCAGACUUUAUCGAGUAAACUUGCUCAGAUUGCCUGCCACGGUAACCUGUGUCACAGCUUCCAGUCCUUCAACACCUGCUACACCGACACGGGGCUGUGGGGCCUCUAUAUGGUGUGUGAGCCAUCCACUAUCCAGGACAUGGUGCACUCUGUUCAGAGCGAAUGGAUAAGACUUUGCACAAGUGUUUCAGAAAGUGAAGUAGCUCGAGCCAAAAAUCUUCUAAAGACAAAUAUGCUGCUGCAGCUGGAUGGGUCUACACCAAUUUGUGAAGACAUUGGGAGACAGAUGCUGUGUUACAAGCGCAGAAUCCCCAUUCCAGAGCUCGAGGCAAGAAUUGAAGCCAUUGACACCCAGACUCUUCGAGAUGUUUGCACAAAGUACAUUUAUGACAAGCGUCCUGCAGUUGCUGCUAUAGGUCCCAUUGAACAGCUUCCAGAGUACAACAGAAUCUGCAGCGGCAUGGCCUGGCCUCGUGCUUAG